GGUACACACUCGUACAGUCCUUGCUUCACUGUACAUACGAAUCUACAUACCUAAAAGAUGAUUCCAGUAGUGAGAUACAUAUUACUAAUUACAUUUCUGACGGUGCUUUUUAAACAUGCAUACUCCAUGGAUGACAAUACCGGGAAAGUUGAUUCAUCGAAGAGCGUGGAAAAAAAUUCAGCAAUUGAAGAGGAUGAUCUGGAAACCGCUUACAGAACCUAUCUGCCUCUGUUUGUUUACCGAAAACGACAAACACAACGGAUAAACAGAGGAGGCUGAAUACCAAAUUUAAUUUUCAAUAAAGCCUGUAAAUAUUCUUUAGUUGUUCGAUUCAGUGGAGGAUGCGCCUACUCCUUGACUAAAACAUUGUGUAAUAUUGCUCUGAGUUCCUUUGAUAUAUAACACACAAGUGUUUUAAUUAAUUUCCAAAUGAUGAUGAAAUGUUUAUCCUCGUAGUAGACGACCAGUUUGGUAUUUGUUAUUCAUUUGAAAAAGCACAGAAGCAGUUUUCAAUGAAUUUUUCUUGACAUUAUUCAAACUGUGAACCUAUGUGUCUGUACACUUGCAGCUACUAACGUUGAAUUAGAGUUGAAAAUCACACUUGAAAUCAGACGAAUUAACUACUUAUUUAACUAACAAAUUUAGUUGACAACGCACAUUAAUUUUUGAUGUGCAUAAUCAAAACGCCACCUUUCACCUACAGGGUGGCAUAAAUAACAUUCCACUUUCAAAGUACGUCAUCAGAAUUUGAUCGUAGCUGAGUUUGGAAGAGAUUUUCUGUUAUCUUUCAGUAAUGAAACACAAGUUUAGUACACUCUCGAUGAUUCAAAUUCAAAUUUAAAUUCUUCAUUAUUCUAAGA